AUGGUACCGCCAAGGCCCUUGCUAUUCCUCUCACUGCUGACCCUGCAGGGCGCACAUGGCUGCCAAGGGCCGGAGGUGGACCGAGAGUUUGUUCUGGCCAAAGUGAAGGCCCUGAUCCUGGAUGCCCUGGACGCCCCAGCAGUUAUUGGUCAAGGUGGAGACCCUGGCAUCAGAAGGCUGCCCAGAAGACAUGCCCCAGGGGGCUUCCCAAGCACGGUGUCAGAACCAAAGCAGGAGGAGGAAGAAGAUAGUUCCCAAGUCAUCCUUUUCCCCGCAACAGGUUCCAGCUGUGACGUUGAGCCAGCCACCGCAGAGCUGGGCCAGGAGGCUACGGAGGGCCUCUUCACAUAUGUGUUCCGGCCAUCACAGCACACGCGCAGCCGCCAGGUGAUCUCGGCCCAGCUGUGGUUCCACACUGGGCUGGACACACAGGUCCAAGCAGCUUCCAAUGGCUCUGGGCCCCUGCUGGAUCUGAUGGCACUGUCAUUUGGGGACCCCGUGACAGUGCCCGUAUCCCUGGGCCAGGCGCCCCCUCGCUGGGCUGUGCUGCACCUGGCCACCUCCACCCUGCCCUUGCUCACCCACCCAGUGCUGGUGCUCAUGCUGCGUUGCCCGCUGUGCACCUGCUCAGCUCGGCCUGAGGACAGUCCCUUCCUUGUGGCCCAUACCCAGGCUGGAGCUCCAGAGAGAGGGAGGAGAGCCCCACGUUCCACAGCCCCACUGCGCUGGCCGUGGUCUCCAGCCGCACUGCGCCUGCUGCAGAGGUCUCCAGAGGAGCUCACUGCCCACGCCAACUGCCACAGAGUCUCUCUCAACAUCUCCUUCCAGGAGCUGGGCUGGAACCACUGGAUCGUCCAUCCUCCCAGCUUCAUCUUCUACUACUGUCGUGGGAGCUGUGAGACGUCCACCACAGUGGGCCUGUCCUGGUCAAUCCCUGUGAUGGGUCCCACCCCUCCCCAGCCUGUCUCUUUGCUGCCAGGGGCUCAGCCUUGCUGUGCUGCUCUUCCGGGGACCUUGAAGCCCCUCCGCGUCCGCACCACCUUGGACGGAGGCUACACCUUCAAGUACGAAGUGGUCCCCAACCUUCUUGCCCAGUACUGCACUUGUCUUUGA